ACACCCAAAAUGCUUCUGCUGCUGGUUCUGUGCUUUGUAACUGCUCAGCUCAGCUCUAGUAUCACAAAUAGACAAGAUGUUGCAGCUCUCUUAGCUUUGAUGGAUGAAAUGAAGAACACACCGCCGAAUUGGAGAAUGUCGAAUGAUCCUUGUGGUUCACAUUGGGAUGGUGUUGCAUGCAAGAAUUCGAGGGUGACAGAACUGAAACUAUAUAGCAUGGGUCUUGAAGGCACGAUAAGCAGUGAUAUCGGAAGCCUGACCGAACUCCAAUCACUGGAUCUAUCCUACAAUAAGAAGCUUGGUGGUCCUUUAACUCCUGCUAUUGGAAAGUUACCGCAGCUUACCACUCUGAUCUUGAUCGGUUGCAGUUUCAGUGGUAGCAUCCCAAAUGAACUAGGCAAUUUACCGAAACUCACAUUUUUCCUCUCCAAUCUCUUUUGGCUAGAUUUGGCAGAAAAUCAGUUGACAGGAUCUCUCCCAAUUUCUACAAGCACAUCCCCCGGGUUAGAUCAACUUCUCAAUGCAAAGCACUUCCAUUUAAACCAAAAUCGGUUGUCUGGUUCGAUCCCUGAAAAACUUUUCAGCUCCAAUUUGACAGUAGAACAUAUACUUCUGGAUAGAAAUCAACUUACUGGGAGCAUCCCACAAUCUAUUGGACUUGUGCAGUCCCUUACUGUUCUCCGUCUUGAUAAUAACUUGCUCAAUGGCUCAGUUCCGUCCAAUAUGAGCAAUCUUUUGGGUCUUAAUGUACUUAAUUUAGCAAACAACAUGCUAACUGGCCCCCUGCCAAAUUUGACGGGACUCAAUGUGCUCAAUUCUGUGGACUUGAGUAAUAACUCAUUUGAUCCUUCAGAAGCUCCUGCUUGGAUAUCCGAAUUAGGAUCUCUUACUUCUUUGAUGAUAGAAUCAGGGGGGCUUCAUGGAAAAGUUCCACAGGAACUCUUCAGUUUUCCUCAAUUACAGCAAGUGAUACUGAAAGAUAAUCGCUUUAACGGAAGUCUCGACGUAGGUACCAAUGUCAGCCCGCAACUGAAGAUUGUGGAUUUCCAGAAUAACGCUCUUACCUCCGUUGAACUUAGUUCCAACUACAAUAACACAAUAAUUCUCACUGGAAAUCCAGUAUGCAGCAAUUUCCAUCUUUCCCAAACAAGCUAUUGCCUCUUUCAGCAAGAAAAAUCACCACCUUAUUCCAUCGUUGCUGCCGAUUGUGACCCUCCGUCAUGUCCUCAAAAUUAUAACUGUUCAAAUCCUUAUGAAGGAGUGAUGAUUUUUAGAGCGCCAUUCUUCAGAGAUACAACAAAUCAUUCAAAGUUCCAGUUAUUGAGAGAGAGUAUAUGGAGAAGAUAUGGAUCUUCACUGGGAUCAGUAUCUCUUCAAAAUCCCUUUUUCGAUAGUAAUUCUUAUCUUCAGGUUGAGCUGAAACUCUGCCCAUCAUCAGGCAUUUAUUUCAACCGGACCGAGAUUCUGAUGGAGCUUGAUUUAAGCAGCCAAAAUUUUACACCCCCCGGAAUGUUUGGUCCAUACUAUUUCAAUGCAUCUUCAUAUCGUUUUCCAGGUGGUAUUAAAUCCUCUCCAAGUAAAGGUUUUGUUGUUGGGGUUAUAGUUAGCUGUACAUUUUUGAUCCUUGGACUUCUAGCAGUUGGAAUUUAUGCACUCAAUCAAAAACGGAGGGCUCAAAAAGCUAUUGAAAUAAGCAAUCCUUUUGCAUCAUGGGACAAAAGUGAAGAUACCGUUGAUGCACCAAAGUUGAAAGGAGCAAGAUGCUUUUCUUUCGUUGAACUGAAGAAGUGCGCCAAUAAUUUCGCAGAAAUUAAUGAAAUUGGAACAGGAGGCUAUGGCAAGGUAUAUAGAGGAAUGCUCCCAGAUGGGCAAGUUGUUGCAAUCAAGAGGGGAUAUAGAGGAUCAAAUCAGGGCCGACUCGAGUUCAAGACAGAAAUCGAGUUGCUUUCUAGGGUUCAUCACAAUAAUCUAGUAGGCCUUGUGGGGUUUUGUUUUCAGCAUGGAGAACGGUUGCUCGUGUAUGAGUACAUCCCCAACGGAACUCUAAGGGACUGCUUGUCUGGCAAGUCUGGCAUUCAACUUGACUGGAAGAGUAGGCUCUGGAUUGCUCUUGGAUCAGCUAGAGGACUAGCUUAUCUUCAUGAACGUGCAUAUCCUCCUAUUAUUCACAGAGAUGUCAAGUCUACAAAUAUACUUUUGGAUGAAAAGUUAAAUGCCAAAGUUGCAGAUUUUGGUCUCUCAAAGUUAGUAUCAGAUGGUGAAAGGGGACAUAUUUCUACACAAGUCAAGGGGACAAUGGGUUACCUCGAUCCUGAAUACUACAUGACAGAACAGUUGACCGACAAAAGUGAUGUUUAUAGUUUUGGAGUAGUAAUGCUAGAGCUGAUAUGUGCUAAGCCACCGAUACACAUGGGACAGUACAUUGUUCGUGAAGUAAAACUGGCAAUCAAUGACAAAGACGAUGAGUAUUUUGGUCUUAAAGACAUAAUGGAUCCCCUUCUUAUAAGCAAGUCCACCGAUGUCAUUGGUUUCAGGAGGUUCAUAGAGUUGGCCUUGCAAUGCGUACGAGACUCAUCAGUAGAUCGUCCAACAAUGAGUUACAUUGUGAAAGAAAUCGAGAGGCUUUUGCAGAAUGAAGGAAUAAGAACAACCUCAUCAUCUGGAUCUUCAUCAGAUGCAGACUAUAGAGUCAUGAAGGUUAUGAAUCAUCAUAGCUAUACUGAUUCGACGCAGGGAAGUAACAUGAGCAGCAGUUCAUUUGGACUUCCUUAUUCUCAACAGAGCUCUAAAUAGAAAAUAACUUUUUCUAGUUAUGUUAUUAGAGAGUUUUUGUUUACUAUACUACUUGUUUUGGACGUUUUUGUAUAUAUUUACUGAGUGCUCUGGAGGAUUUUGUUAGAUGUUCUUUUGCAUCUUGGUCAGAGACUUUUCAUAUACAGAAGACAAAGUAAGCCAUUUUGGUUUCCUAACAUGU